AUGGAGUGCAGGAACCUCGAGAAGCCACAGAUGGAGGACAGGAAGGGCCUAUGGUCGCCUGAUGAGGACCAGAAAGUCAAAGACCAUAUCCUUAAGCAAGGUGUCAGCUGUUGGAGUGCAGUUCCUGCCAAAGCUGGUUUGCAAAGAAAUGGAAAGAGUUGCAGCCUGAGGUGGCUUAACUACCUCAGGCCCGGUUUAAAACGAGGAAAUUUCUCUCCAGAAGAGGAGGAAACAAUUGUGAAACUCCAUGCCAAGAUUGGGAAUAAGAAAUGGUCACAAAUUGCAAUGCACCUGCCCGGAAGAACCAACAACGAAGUGAAGAACCAGUGGAAUUCCUACUUGAAGAAGAAGAUCACAAGAGAGUGCGAAGAAGCAACUGCAGCAGGAUUCAACAUCGAGCCAAUUGGAGCAUGUUUGAGGGACCAUGAACCAUCUGUGGCUCACUGCAUCGACUCAGAUGGUUGUUCCCUGAAAGGCCGGCGUGCUCCGAAGAUUCAGUUCGCUGAAUGGUUAUCCUUUGACGGUGCCAAUUUGGACAGCUGGUUCAACUUGGAAGAUGCAGUGAGCAACCAGUGA